AUGCGCAUUGGUAUUACGCGGCAGGCCAGACGCGCCCGCAUGGCUCGACAGCCGCUCCAAGAACUAAUUGCCGACUUGGUUCGGCUCUCCGCACGUCUACUUCUUGGCCGCCCCAGGCACGACCUUGCCGACUUGGUUCAGCACUGUCCGUCCCUCCUCCGGCCCCGUUCACCGAGCUCCGUGGCCCACGAGAUCCAACACCGUGGCUCCGCCGCUCCGUGA